AUGUCUAGCACGCCUAGUUUAACGACUGAAGAGGAAAAUGAAGAGAUCGAAUUCUUCGAGACCUCGGCAGGUGGUUAUGGGGUCAACGACGAGACGGGAGUCUGGAGUGCACGAGAUGCCAAAUCGGCCGACUCCAUUAUUGGUGGACAACCGGUUGAGGGUGGUGACGCCCAGCAGCGAGUUUUCAACUUUUCGCUUCCUCUGAGUGGACCGUUUGGAUUUGUGGGUGUCCGGACCAGACAGGUACGGAAGUUGGGAGCGUCUUUAGUGUCUCAAAUCACUUCGCAUCGGAAGCAGAUAACAAUUGAGCCGCCUGAGGCCCAUGAUCUUGAUUUAUCCAGUGACGAGGAGCAUGAGGCCUACGCCAUAGGAAAACUCAAUCCGCGUUCGCAUGCUCUCAAAGCGUCCCUGAUCCCCACCUUGGCCUCUCCAAAGCUUCCCAAUGUCAAAGGCAACGUGGUUGUUCUUGGAGGGUAUCGAGGGAGCAUACUGCGAGAUGCACAGACUAAGCGGGCGGUGUGGAUUCCCUUGAAAGUUGGACUCAAGUUCCGUAAAAUCAAUCUAGAGAUCGGGCCAAGUGAUGACGACGAGCUGAAUGCAAUCGACUCAAUCGUGCCGGGCGGGGUGCUCAGCCAUAUCGGGCCUGUGGAUAUCUGUCGGCGUAUGAUAAACCAACUUAAUGAUCAGCCCGACUGUAAUGUCAUAGAGUUUGGCUACGAUUGGCGUCAAUCUCUGGAUUUAUCCUCUUCCAAGCUCUACAAACUCCUUGAAGACUUGCAAAACGCCAGCCCAACUGGAGAGGGCGCCAUUGUAAUUGCCCACUCUAUGGGUGGUUUAGUUGCUCACCAUGCCGUUCAAAAGUGCGUUAAAGAAGGCAAGAGCUUUGUCAAAGGUAUUAUUUAUGCGGGCUCGCCCUCAGAGUGCCAGCCAAUUUUGGGCCCACUGAAAUUUGGGGAGCCCGUCAUGUUUGCCAAGGAUAUUCUGACACCAAAGGCGAACUUUUUGAUGAGAAGCAGCUUUGUAUUUUUGCCUCGAAGCGGCCGCUGUUUCAUUGACAAAGCCGAUAAAUCAAAGGAAUACAAGCUUGACUUUUUUGACGUAAACACAUGGAUCGAGCACGGGCUGUCACCAUGCGUUUCUCGUGACCAUCAAAUAAGAAUGAGGCAAAAUGGUUUAGAAGCAGGUGAGGAUUCUCCACUCCUUGACUUUGAUGUUGCGGUUGAUUACUUGGACAGAACCUUGAAGAGAGCACGCACGUUUCACGAGGAGCUCGAACGUAUACCAGGGAAACACUAUCCACGAAUGGCCGUUAUUUACGGAAACACACUACCAGCAUGUCGGGGUUCUCUAGUUACCUCAGAAAGUGAGAUUAAAAACAGUCUUCUCGACGACCUUUGGUACUCGGCCGGCGACGGCGUUGUUUCACGCAAGACUCUGGUCCCAUUGCAAUGCGGCUUUCCUGAGGUUCCCACGUUUGUAACCAAAAACGGUCACAUGGGACUUUUGAGCGAUUUGGAUGUGGUCUCUCAAGCACUGUCUUGCGUAUUAGGCGAAGACAGUUCCUCCGAGAACUCCACCAAGUCGGGAAUAGGGUCGAGGAUAGCAAGGAAAACGAUGAAGAUGUCCACAAAAACAUUCAAUCGAGCCCGAAGCGUCUCAUUCCCUCGAAGCGGAACGCCCAUGAAAAUCAAAAAGCCUUUGGAGGACGAAUCCCCAGAGUCGGCGGUUAAAGGCUGA